AUGGAUAAUUCUCAGUGGUUCAAUCAAGUAGCUGCUCGAAUGAAUAACCACAACAAUGUAGGCGAUAGGGUUGAUCUGACUCUCAAGUUGGGAUUGCCUAAUAGUGAUCAAAAUCCAGUACCCUACCAGCUGAGGCCGCAUGUUAGUCCUGCUUCCAUGGCCCCCGGUCAUCUUGCCAACCUUAGCUUUGCUGGCCCCAACACUCAGGGAAUGAAUCAAAUGGGAAUGUUUAAUCAAGGAGCAAUGGUUCAAGGUCAACAAAGCUUUAAUGGAAGCCAAUAUGCAUGGCCAACCGAUCAAAUAGUCAGCAAUGUCCAUAACAUGAACUAUGCAAAUGCUUUUAACCAAUGUUGUAGUCCUUCUCUUGGAUUUCCUUCUUAUAACAGUACCAACUCCUACAACAACUUUGGUCCUACUCAUCCUCCUCCUCCUCCUCAUCAUCAUCAGCUACCAGCUCCGAGCCUGGUGCCUUCGAACAUCUACACACUUAUUGACGUCCCUCCUAGGAGAGCCGCCAAUCAACAUCAACUAGAGCUCGGAAGCUCCUCUGGCUCGAGUUCAGGUAAGCAACGCCAACGACGUCAGCGUGGUGGCAACUACAAUGACCCUAACAAACGAUGCACUAACUACAACUGCAACACCAACGAUACUCCUAUGUGGCGCAAAGGUCCCCUAGGCCCCAAGACAUUGUGUAAUGCUUGUGGCAUUAAGUAUAGAAAAGAAGAGGAGAAACGAAGAGCAAAAGAAGCUGGAAGCAGUGGCCAACAGUCGAACCCCAAUGGAUGA